AUGGCAGUGAAAUACCCAAUCUAUAUUUGUCCUGGUUCAUGGCUGCUCGUAGUUGUUCUUUUGCUUGUCAAGAGUCAUACACAUCUUUUCUUGCAAGAAGUUCCAUCCCUGGAGGGCUGGGACAGGGGCAGUGAGGAGGUUGGGGCAUCAACUGGCAGCUCGAGGAACAACAUCUUGGGAAAAACGAGCAAUAGCACCACUGAGGAACAUUUCACAGUGAAGAGCAGGUGCUAUCAGAUGCUCGCUUUUGGAUGUCAGGAGGCGUGUGCUGGCAAUAAGUGCAGUGGCCAUUCACAUAAGGUUGGACUCAAAUGA